AGAGGGCAUGUGACGUCAGCGCGCAGCCGCCACAGCAGGCAUUUAAACCGUGAGUGUGCGAAGCUGCCAGGACUGAAAGUUUCUCCUCCAGCGGGAGCGGCAGCACCUCCACCUCCAGCCCACUCUUCAUCACCUCCUCUCUCACCUUCCUCUUCGUCACCAUGUCCUCACGCAACAGCGGCGCGCGGUUCGACGAGGCCCGCAGGGUGGCGAUCUUCGGCGGCACGCACGGCAACGAGAUGUCCGGCGUGACGCUGGUGAACCUGUGGGUGAAGAACGGCGCCGAGAUCCAGAGGAAGAGGGUGGACGCCAAAGCCUUCAUCACCAACCCGCGGGCCGUGGAGAAGUGCACCCGGUACGUGGACGUGGACCUGAACCGAGCCUUCACCCCGGAGAACCUCAGUGCCCCAGAAGGAGGUGACUUGCCCUAUGAGGUGCAGAGAGCCCAGGAGAUCAACAGGAUAUUCGGACCCAAAGGAAGCCCGGAGGCCUACGAUGUCAUCUUUGACCUCCACAACACAACAUCCAACAUGGGCUGCACCCUGAUCCUGGAAAGCUCCAAAGACCACUUCAAUCUGCAGAUGAUGAACUACAUCAAGAAAGCCAUCGCUCCAGCGAGUUGUCUUGUUCUGCUGAAUGAACAUCCUCUUCUAAAGUAUUCCACUUCACGCUCUGUGGCCAAGCACCCUGUUGGUCUGGAGGUGGGUCCUCAGCCUCAAGGUGUAUUGAGGAGUAACAUCUUUGAAGCUAUGAGGGUGAUACUGAAACAUGCCCUGGACUUCAUCGAACUGUUUAAUGAAGGAAUGGAGUUCCCUCCCUGCACGGUGGAAGUUUUUCGGGUCUUAGAGAGGAUUGACUACCCCAGAGAUGCCAACGGGAACAUCAUUGCCAUGGUGCAUCCCAAUCUGCAGGACGGUGACUGGGAGCCGCUGAACGCCGGUGACCCGAUGUUCCAGACGUUUGACGGGAAGACCAUCCACUACCAGGGCUCCGGCACCGUCUAUCCCACUUUUAUUAACGAAGCAGCCUAUUAUGAAAAACAGCAGGCUUUUGUGACCACCAGACGAGAAACCUUGGUAUCAAGUGCCACCAGAAAAGCAUGAAAACUGCUUUGUGCGGCUGACAAUGCUGGUGAACACAUGUGGUACAUCUGACAGACUUUUCCUCACUUAAUGACUAGAUGCCAACGUUUACGCACUGAUUUCAUUUCUUUAUGCAUUUACUAUCAUAAAAAAACAUUAACUAUGCAAAGAGAACCUGUGGAGGCUUUGCUAAGAGUCACUGUGAACGUCUUUGAUCUGAAGACUGGUGUAUUGUUGUGGUUAGUAUUUAUGAUACGGUUCUUAUUUACAUUACAUCAGCUACGUUUUGUAUGAUAUUAAAGACCAGGUCUAAUCACCGAUGGAUUAUGAAUCUUUACACAACACUUUAUAAGUUUCCUACUACUGCUCAGGAAGGCCAACAAGGAUCAUAACCUGCAACCUUUGACCCAAAACUGUCUUGUUUGUCUUCUUCUGAAAAUAUAUUUGUAACAUCUGUCGAAGGGUGUUUGUGGCCUUUGAUGAAACCUACCUGUAACUCUAGUGGUUGCAUCUGUGGUGCUGUCCUAUCACUGCCUUAAUGGAGAUUUCUGAGAAAAUUGCACAACAAAUUAAGAGUGGAAUUUGUAGAUUAUACUUGUUGGAUAACAAAAAUAUACUUUUGAUAAGAAACGGUAUAUGUCCUGUUCCUCUAUACAUAAUGGGAUGCAGUUUUAAAUGUGUUUUAUAGUAAUAUAUUUGUGUGUAAUUUGAUAUACUUGUACUGUAUAUUUGUUUUAAGUGAUGUAUAGACUCGUUGAAUCGUGGUAUGCAUAUGUACUUUCUAAUGUCUUAACGUCAUUGUUGUCUCAAAGUGUGUCGCUGUUGUCUUUACAGUAAUUCAUUUUCAUCAGCAAUACUUUUUGGUAGCACAAUUUAUAUGAUUAGUCCACCUCACUGUCCUUUGAAAUCCUGUGGAAAUGAUCAGAUCAAUAAAUAUAGUACUGUGCUA